GAGAGAUUGGAAAUUGGGAAUCGUUCCAAUUCGAGAAAAAGUAAUUGAACAAAAAAGAGGGAAAUUUCCGCCCAAUUUCGUGUUUCCGAGUGAGAUAAAGGUGGAAAGUUGCGAGCUUUGGUGGAGAAAAGUGGCGAAUUUGGUGCGGCGGAGGGAGAACCGGAGGAGGAGGAGGAGGGCAGGGCGGAUGUUGAGGCGUUUGUGUGGUGGGUAAAUGCCUCUGAAGAAAUCUGAAGGUCAGAUCGGAAAAGAAAACAGCGGCGUCUCUUCCGAUUUCAGCCCCAAUUUGCUUAAUUCGCUUCACCAGAAGCAUCCGCAGCACUAUUCCAGCAUCGGAGAACAAGGCGUAGUCUUCUUCGGCGGAGGCGGAGGCUGCCCUUCUUCCCGGGCUUCUUGUACUUCUUCUCCGGUGAACUCUGAUCAUACGACCCUUCAAAUCCUCAUCAAUGAUGGUUACGAUAAUCCGGUCGUCCCCGCCGCCGCGAAUGGCAAGACCACGCCUCACAAGAGACCCCUUUCGGGAGUUUCCUCCUCCAAUACCCCAUCCGAUCCUUCUCCGAGCUCGGUCUUCAUAAAAUCGCCUCCCGUGUGGAAUGAUUCCCUGCACAAAACCCAGUUUUCCUCCGCUCCGGGGAAGGGACAAAACUCAUCAUUUAGACUCAUGGGCGUCCAGGCUUACCACCAGCUCAGCCACCUGCGCAGGGUGGUCAGAAUCCACCUCCGCCUCAUCCUCCUCCUCUCUUUGCCGUUUUUCUAUUUCCUUGUUUCUCACCCAACAAACUCCUUUUUCCUUGAUUUCCUCUCGGCUUUUGCCUUCUCGUCAGCCCUUUUGUUCUCCCUGAAUCUGGCCCUUCCCAGAUUGCCUUCCAUCCGGUCGUUCCUCUCCCGGUCUUUGCCAAUCAAGCUACCAUUGUCUGGCCAAGUGUCUAGGAGCCCUUUACCCGCCGUGUUCUGGUCGAUCGGAUCCAACAAACUUGAGAAAAGAUUCAAUUCUGGGAACUUCGUGCAGGCGUAUAGGAAUGGGGAUGUGUAUGAGGGCGAGUUCCACAAGGGGAAAUGCAGUGGGAGUGGGGUGUACUAUUACUAUAUGAGUGGAAGGUAUGAAGGCGAUUGGGUUGAGGGUAAAUAUGACGGGCAUGGGGUUGAGACAUGGGCGAGAGGAAGCCGAUACAGGGGGCAAUAUAGGCAAGGACUGAGGCAUGGUUUUGGGGUUUAUAGGUUUUACACCGGGGAUGUUUACGCAGGAGAAUGGUCUAAUGGGCAGAGCCAUGGGUGUGGGGUCCAUACCUGCGACGAUGGUAGCCGAUACGUUGGAGAAUUCAAAUGGGGUGUCAAACAUGGCCUUGGCCACUACCAUUUCAGGAAUGGGGACACAUAUGCUGGAGAAUAUUUUGCAGACAAGAUGCAUGGAUUUGGGGUAUAUCGUUUUGCGAACGGGCAUUGCUACGAAGGAGCGUGGCAUGAGGGCAGAAGACAAGGAUUGGGAAUGUAUACUUUCAGAAAUGGUGAAACUCAGUCAGGGCACUGGCAAAAUGGUGUUCUCGACAUUCCAAGCACACAGGCUGUGUCCUCUCCUGUCUCUCCGGUUGCUGUUUAUCACUCUAAAGUGCUUAAUGCAGUCCAGGAAGCACGUCGGGCAGCAGAGAGAGCAUAUGAUGUGGGGAAGGUGGAUGAAAGAGUGAAUAAGGCUGUGGCAGCAGCGAACAGAUCAGCUAACUCAGCAAGAGUAGCGGCAGUCAAAGCCGUGCAAAAGCAAAUGCAUCAUCAUCAUCAUCGAAGAAACAGCGACGAGCUCCCCAUUCCCAUCGUGUGAAAAAAUACGUGUUUCAAGGCGAAGUAAACAAACUAAUAAUUGGCUAAAGUUUUCCUUUUUUGUUUGACCAAUUCCAUCACACACACACGGAUGAUCUGAGUGGAACCGUUUCUUUGCCGCACAAAUCAUCCGCGUCUCCUUGUGUGACAGAAUUGGUGGCCAGACAAGUCUGAUGAGAGAGCACCUAUGGCAAGUUUCUAUCCACUUGGUCUUUUUUUAUUGUUAACUCUCAAAGUAGCAAAGCAGCAGAAACAGAGUGGUGUCUGGAGUUGAGGUGAGAACCUGACAAGCUUUUUUCAUGUGUAUAUAUUAGUGAAGUGAUGAUUGGCUACUUGAAAAACACAACAAUGAGUUGAAUCCUCUUCUUCUAUGUAAUGAAACUGUGAAGCUUGUGU